AUGUGGGCCUCAUAUAUUUCAGGUACCAUAUUUAGAGCAUACACAAGAAUUCCUACAGAAAAAACGACUCCUUUAUCUCCUACAUAUACUAGUCCAACUCGAGCGCCUGCAGAUACUCCUCUUGCGGCACCGUCUCCAGAUAAUCUACCCAUUGCGGCUCCCGAAGAUGCAUCAGCUGGUACUGCUCCUACAGAUACUCCUCCUGCUGCACCCUAUAUAGAUGCAACACCCACUGCAGCUGCUGAAAAUGCAGCACUUGGUGUAGCUCCUGCAGAUACUCUUCCCGCCGCACCUUCUGCAGAUGCAAUACUCAUUGCAGCUCCGGAAGAUACUGCACCCACUACAGCUCCUGCAGAUACUACACUUACUGCAACUCCUACAUAUAUUACAGUUCCCACGGAUGCAGUAACUGCAACUCCGAGAAAAGCAAACAGAACUGAUUUUUACAAUGCCGCUACCUUACAUUUUAUUGAUGGUCCUCCCAACAUAUCGCUGUCUACUGUUGUACAAACCCUGCCAGAUUACAAAGUGACGUUUUUAGUGACCGGAACGCCUCCGAUAAACACAGUAAUACUGAGCCACUCGGCAGUAUUCGUAGACACAACAAACACAUCAGUGGCUGUUCAACUUGAAGAAGGAAAUUUUGUUUGUGUGGCCACCAACAAGUUUGGAUUCGACUUGAGAAUGUUCUCUGUAACUUUUUCGGAUUGCCUGCUGGCGAUUCUUCGAGGUAAGAGGAAACGUUGUGUAAAGUUUCUAACCUUUACCGAACUAUCGUUUCAGAUAACAGGAACUUUCACUUGUGCUAUGCCUAAGUUAACAGGGGCGUAUAUGAGAGGGAGGUAUUUCUCUUCAAAUGCUUUAACCUUCUUACCAGAAGGACUGUUUGCCAGCUUAACACAAAUGGAGGCCCUAUUGCUCAACGGCAACCGUUUACGACGUAUUCCACAUCGAGCGUUUGCUACCAUGAAAGAACUGAAGAUAAUAGCACUUUCUCAGAAUCCCAUAGAGACAAUUGACCCAGAAGCGUUUCAUCUUGGUGGCUUCUCUGAUUUCAGAUUAUUUCUUUUAGGAACGAAAUUGAAAAGAUUUAACUCUGACAGUUUUAUGAAGCUCAAAGUUGAAGAUUUUAAGCUUAAUUCGUGGACAAGAAUUCCUCGGAUUAUAAAGUACCGUCGUUGGGACAAAGUCAGGAACCCGACGACCUUGGAAGUACACCUGAAUCCUGUCGAUCAAAGCGGAGAAGUGAUCAAAGUCCAUCAAGAUUUUGAGAACACUUAUUGGUUUCGCAUUCUUCAGCCCACUAUGUUGACCAUGGGCUUUACGAAAACUGCCUUUGGUUCUGACAUGUUAUUUCUGCCAUGUCCUUUGGGGACGUUCUCAAAUUCUUCCGUACCAAAACAUGACAAGUGCACAGAAUGUCCACCAGGUGGGUUCUACUCUGAUACUCUUGCUUACGUGGCGGAAGGCUGCAAGCAAUGUCCAAAUGGAUCGUAUGUUCCAUUUGAGAAAAAACCUGGCAAAUCAAUACUGGAAUGCAAGGCGUGCCCACUCGGAACGGAAAGUGACUUUUUUGCUGGAUACCGUGCUUGUCCUUGUUUGGAAGGAUUUUAUCGAACCCAUCUAUUUGCUGGAUGUCGCAAAUGUGAAAAAUCUGGCGGACUGGUUUGCCAGGAUGAAUAUGCUUCAUUAAAACCUGGAUAUUGGUGGAAGUGGCGUAAUGAGUCAUACAAACUUCGCUACCAGGAUUUCAUAAAGAAUCUUUUGGCUUCCUCUCCAGAGUUAGAUGAUUCUUCCGUACAGUACCCGCAUGCGAUACCAGCACCGUACAGGUGCCCAGUAAAAGAGUCUUGCAAAGGUGGCCUGGACUCCCCAUGCGAAGAUGGAUACGAGGGUCCACUUUGUGCAGUUUGUUCUUUAGGAUACUACAAGCAACUGGAGUCUUGCGCGAAAUGUCCCUCAAAGACGUGGAUUGUGGCACAGUUUUCGAUCAUCUUUGUCAUUAUAAUUCUACUUGUUGCAUUUCUGUUGUGGAAGAGGAAAGCAACGUUAUCAAAGGACCGAGGCCAGUAUCUGGUAGACAUGUUUUUAUCCAAGCUUAAGAUACUAAUCGGUUUUUAUCAGGUCACGCACGGCUUACUGACAGUAUUCUCGUACAUCGAAUGGCCAGAGUCACUGCAUGUUGUUUCCAAUUAUUCCGGAAUACUUCAGAUGAAUCUGCUUCAGAUCACACCCAUUCACUGUUUAUCUUCAGGGCUACGCGUGAACGUCUUUGGAGAACUGCUCCUGAUAUUAACUGUGAAUGUCACUGCCAUUGGUGUAACAGGUUUUGGUUAUAUUGUGUUUAAGACAAUAAUUGUGAAAAAUCACAACCUCAACGACAAAGAAAAGUCGACCAAAAUCUCGGAAACGAAACGCAUGUUUUGUAAGAAUUUGUUUUUCUUCCUGUAUGUGACAUAUCUGGGUACUUUUUCCAAGACAGUCAGCGUUUUGCCACUAGCUUGCCGAAAAGUCUGCCGGGACGACGAGGAAGAGUUGUGUAACAUGUACGCCAAAGCAGAUUACAGCUUAAGAUGCCAAGGAGCCACAUAUGACUAUUGGCUUAUCUUGGCAUACAUUUCAACCGCGUACGUAGUUGCCUUGCCCGUUGCCUCGUUAACUGUACUUUGGAGGCAGAAGAGAGUGAUAGUAUCUAAAAUAGACAAUGAUGGUGGCUUUGGCAUGGAAACAAUUGAAGGGUUGAGGUUCCUCUUCGAAAACUACAAGUCUGAAGCAUGGUAUUGGGAACUGGUUGAAAUGUCGCGUAAAGUCGUUCUUACUUCUGGUGUCAUUCUUGUCGGACAGGAGAGCAGAUCCUACAUUGGCCUCACUUGGGUUGUUGCAGGCAUGUUUGGAGUGCUUUUCUGCUGGGUGAAACCGAUCAAAGACGCUUCUGAGAACUUGUUGAUGUCGGCUUCCCUCGCUGUUACAGUUGUGAACCUGGGCAUUGGCGCUGUAAGCAGAAUCCCAGCAGAGAAUGUAUCAAACAUAGUGGAUAAACACAAAGACGUAAUAGCAAUGAAAAUACUUAUACUUAGUGCAAAUACUCUGGUGAUUGGCCUAAUUAUUGUGCAAUACUUGACGUUUUUGUACGAGUACUACAAAGAGUGGCGCCAAAACCCGCAGUGGUCUGUUUCUUGUUGUCUGGCUCUGCUUCUCCCUCUUGAUGAUUUGCAGGGAGAAGUUCAUGGUAUGGCUGGUGAUAACUUGAUGAAAACCCAGAUUGACACAGGAAGGACGGAGAAGCCGUCGUUUGCUGCCACUGUUAAAGACAGCGGAGCUCUAAGUUUCACUCUUUGCUGUGAAGAUGUCGAAGGAAACGAUGAUGAAAUCAGGAUGGAAUGUAAUGAGCCAAACGUUGAAGUUGUUGACUACACCAUCAACAGAUGUCAUCGCUGGACACAAACGAAAGUCUUUGUCUUACCGUUUGUCUCAAACGCGGAACUUGGGUCUUUGGAAGAUAAGCAACAGCGAUAUAAACACCAGACGCCUGUAAAUAAGACAGCUCUUGUUGACGCUGCAGAGAGUGGUGUAUCAACUAAUCAGAAGAUAUGCAUGAACAAGAAAAAAGACAAUAACGAACCAGCAGAGCAGAAGAAAUACAACGAAGAACGAGGCAGCGAGUGAGGAUUAUGAUUGACACCUGAGUUGUAUAUAAUGUGACUGUUGGCUGUGCUACAACCCGCUUAAUUUACGGCAGAACCAGAUAGAAACAAACAUGGCAGAACUAUUACAUUUCUUAUGCAGAUAGUUUAGGCGAGCACUCAUAUGAACUUUGUUUUAUGAUAGAGUGUUGCGAAAAUGAAAAUUUUGUAAUCAAAAGUAGCCUUUAAUGUUUACAGUGCAUAUAUAAUACGGCUGCAUCACAUGAUACAGUAUUUACCACUUUAUUCAAAAUCACUCAGGUUUCCUUAUCUAUUGCCCCAGCAUUAUCCUGUUUUAAAUCGUUCUGAAGUUGUUCGGAACAAAACGUCUGCUUUUUUUUGUGGAAACAAUUCAGGAAGUUGAAAAGAGCAAAUGUAUACAAUGGUAGAUAAAUGGGGUAAAUACGAUAUAUAACUUAACACUGUUAUUCAACAAAGCCACCUAUUAAAUAACAUGCUGAGAUAGAAUCGAAA